GCGCACGUGGAAAGAAAGUUGGUGGAAGGCAAAGGAAGUUUUUGAGUCUUUCACUGGUGAGAUUUCUCAAAUCCAGUUAUGAGGCUUUCAGCCUUGCUGGCCUUGGCAUCCAAAGCCACUCUCUCCCCCCACUACCGCUAUGGAAUGAGCCGUCCAGGUUCCAUAGCAGACAAAAGGAAGAAUCCUCCCUGGAGCAGGCGGCGCCCAGUAGUGGUAGAGCCCAUCUCUGAUGAAGACUGGCACCUAUUCUGUGGAGACAUGGUGGAAAUCUUAGAAGGCAAGGAUGCUGGGAAGCAGGGCAAAGUAGUCCAAGUUGUUCGGCAGCGGAACUGGGUUGUCCUGGAGGGAUUGAACACGCAUUACCGCUACAUUGGCAGAACCAAGGAUCACCGAGGGACCAUGAUCCCUAGCGAAGCCCCCUUGCUUCAUCACCAAGUCAAGCUAGUGGAUCCUGUGGACAGGAAACCUACUGAGAUCCAGUGGAGAUUUACUGAGGCAGGAGAGCGUGUUCGUGUCUCUACAAGAUCUGGGAGAAUUAUCCCCAAACCUGAAUUUCCUAGAGCAGAUGGCAUUGUCCCUGAAACAUGGACUGAUGGCCCCAAGGACACAUCAGUGGAAGAUGCUUUAGAAAGAACUUACGUGCCCCGGCUAAAGACAUUAGAAGAAGAUGUGAUGGAGGCCAUGGGGAUCCAGGAGACUCGAAGAUUCAAGAAAAUCUAUUGGUAUUGAGCCUUAAGAGUACUGCUUCACCCUGAAGUCCACCCUUUCUUUCUAAAACACCAAUAAAGAAGCCUUGGGUGCUGCUGCUGUCCACACCUCCCCUCUUCCUUUCCCAAGGGCUUGCAUUUUGGGGAGCUUAGGCUUGGUGCAGCUCUUCUGCUUGUCAGGAUAGACUGGGUGGGUGCUAGCCUUUCCAGGGACAGGUCCUGUGUGUUUGGGGAUGGAAGCAAGAAGACCCUCUGUUCUUUUCCUAUUUACAGAAACAGGAGUUAAGUCUUAAGAGUUUUAAUAAAUAAAAUUACAUGGUAUUUAUAGGAAAAGGAGCUAAGUCUUAAAAGUUUUAUAAAUAAAAAUUCCACAGUAUUACUUUCCAAGUGAAGGGAAAGAAAGGGUACAAAUCUGAAGUCUGCAAAGAGCCAGAAUCCCAGCAGGAUACAGGGCACUCUAAAGGGUGCCAAGGACGGCAGCUAGCCAUACUGACACCUGGUGGCUUCAGACUGUCAGCUGUCUUCAGUCUCAAGAAUGGAGAAGGCCUGACCCAGGGGCGUCUUGGUUGCCACCAGAACCAGAUUUCUGGGAGACAGUUCAGGGCUGAAGAUGGGCAACAGCUCAGCAUAGAAGCCUAGGAGAAAAUGUGAGGGCUAAUUAGAAAGGAACAGGAGUCCCACCCAGGCUUUCUCUGCCUGUCCUGUAACACAGUUCCUUAUUCCAAAGUAAGAAGACUCCAGAACCACUAGCUUGAGAGGCAAUCAAUGUGCUUUCCCAAUCCCUGGGAUGCUUGCUUAAAAUCCAUCUCAUUAGGGGUUGGGGAUUUAGCUCAGUGGUAGAGCGCUUGCCUAGCAAUCACAAGGCCCUAGGUUCAGUCCUCAGCUCCAAAAAAAAAAAAAAAAAAAA